UAGAAAUUCUGCCCGUCAUUUUAUAGCGUUUUCAUUUAUCGGUACGGUAGAGUUUUCUUUUUUUGGGAAAGAUUUUUUAAAAAAGUUAUUUUGUAUUUGGAAAGAAGUUGAAAUUGUGUGGAUCGCGAUAUUUUUAAAAUUUUUUAAGAAAUAAAAGUAUCAAAAGAAACUGUGUGAAAAUAAAAGGCAAUGCCGACAUCUGAGGUUCUAGUAAACAAAGUAAUUGUUCAUCCUUUGGUAUUGUUGUCUGUAGUCGACCAUUUCAAUAGAAUGGGCAAAAUAGGUAAUCAGAAAAGGGUGGUCGGUGUUUUAUUAGGUUGCUGGAGAGCUAAAGGUGUUUUGGAUGUAUCGAAUAGCUUCGCAGUCCCUUUUGACGAGGAUGACAAAGAUAAGUCAGUAUGGUUUUUGGAUCACGAUUACUUGGAAAAUAUGUAUGGAAUGUUUAAGAAAGUGAACGCAAGAGAACGUGUUGUUGGUUGGUAUCACACUGGCCCCAAAUUACAUCAAAAUGACAUAGCUAUUAACGAAUUAAUUAGACGUUAUUGUCCUAAUUCAGUCCUAGUCAUAAUUGACGCUAAACCCAAAGACUUGGGAUUGCCUACAGAAGCGUAUAUAGCCGUGGAAGAGGUGCACGAUGAUGGUUCACCUACCAGCAAAACAUUUGAACAUGUACCCAGUGAAAUUGGUGCAGAAGAAGCCGAAGAAGUGGGUGUAGAACAUCUAUUGCGAGAUAUUAAAGAUACCACUGUCGGCAGUCUAUCACAGAAAAUCACUAAUCAACUUAUGGGUUUGAAAGGCCUUAAUGCUCAACUUAGUGACAUUAAAAACUAUCUGACACGCGUGGGCGAUGGUAAAAUGCCAAUCAAUUAUCAGAUCGUUUAUCAGUUGCAAGAUAUCUUUAAUCUGCUGCCGGAUAUCACCAGUGAUCAAUUUACCGAAACUAUGUAUAUUAAGACUAAUGAUCAAAUGUUGGUUGUGUAUUUAGCCUCAAUGGUACGUUCGAUAAUUGCUUUACAUAAUUUAAUCAACAAUAAACUGACCAAUCGGGAUGCUGAAGAAGGUAAAGGAAAAACGGAAGAGAAAAGCAAGGAUAAUAAAGACAAAGAAAAUAAAGAGACUAAGGAUAAGAAAAGUGAAGAGAAAUCGGACAAAAGCAAGGAUGAGCCGAUUGGCAAAAGUGGCAAAAAAUAGGAACGGAGGGGAAAGAGAAAGAAGUCUCGCCAUAAAAAGAAACAGUGAUUGAAAUACCCUGUUGCAAGCGGGCGGGUUCUUUUAAAAACGUUUAGCCAUAAUUACUGCAAUUAACACUUACUUUCCACACACAUAAAUUUACAAAUUGCUGUUUAAAGAAUUAGGAAAUAUGUCCUUAUCACAAUAUCCUGUCCUCCCUAUCACAUACGAAGAGAAGUUUAUUGCUUUACACUAAUACAAACUAAAUGCGAAAAAUACUGCUUAUUUAUAAAUUUCAAAAAGCAAAAUUAAUAAUCACUCAAGAAACUGUUAGCACUAUCACAAAAAGCGACAACAACACAUUGUGAACAAAACCAAAAGAAAUGUUUUAACAGCUUGA